AUGGCAACCGGCAUACUGAGAGUCGAGGGCGAGAACGUCGUUGGAAAUGACGGUAAGCCAGUCAUCCUCCGAGGAGCUGGCCUGGGUGGGUGGAUGAACAUGGAGAACUUCAUCACCGGCUACCCGGGCCACGAGCACCAGCAUCGUGCGGCAAUGCUCAAGGUUCUUGGGAAGGAGAAGUACGAAUUCUUCUUCGACAAGUGGCUUGAAUACUUCUUCACGGCCAAGGACGCCGAAUUCUUCGCUAACAAAGGCCUGAACUGCCUGCGCAUACCUUUCAACUAUCGUCAUUUCGAGGACGACAUGAACCCACGGGUGCUCAAGGAAUCUGGCUUCAAGCACCUGGACCGCGUGGUUGAUCUGUGUGCCAAACACAAGAUCUACACCAUUCUUGACAUGCACACCGUCCCCGGCGGUCAGAAUUGCGACUGGCACUCAGACAACGCGACCAAUUACGCCGCCUUCUGGGACUACAAGGACCACCAGGACCGGACUGUCUGGCUGUGGGAACAGAUUGCGACCCGCUACAAGGACAAUGCCUGGGUUGCUGGGUAUAACCCCAUCAACGAACCGUGCGACCCCCUGCACUGGCGUCUUCCUGCCUUCUAUAACCGCAUCGAAGCGGCCAUUCGGAAGAUUGACCCGCACCACAUCCUUUGGUUGGACGGAAACACAUUCGCCAUGGAGUGGAAGUACUUUGACAAGAAACUGCCAAAUGCCGUCUACGCUCUGCACGACUAUACAAUGAUGGGCUUCCCCAAAGGAGAGAGGUAUACGGGCUCCACUGAACAGAAGUCGAAGCUGGAGCGCGAAUUCGGGCCCGUGUACGCCAACCCGGAGCUGGACGCGGACCACGCCGAGGUGAACGCGGCGCGGUACGAAGUGCUGUCGGAGCAGCUCAGCAUCUACGACAAGUACAAGAUCCACUGGAGCAUCUGGCUGUACAAGGACAUCGGCGUGCAGGGCAUGGUGCACACGAGCCCGCAGAGCCGGUGGAACCGCACCAUCGCGCCCUUCCUGAAGCGCAAGCGCGAGCUGCAGCUCGACGCCUGGGGCCGCCACCCGAGCAAGCAGGUCGAGGACGUCGUCUACCCCCUCGUCGACUGGAUCGACCGCGUCGCCCCCACCAGCGCCCACCAGUACCCCACCUCGUGGGCCACCGAGCGCCAGAUCACCCGCCUGAUCAACCAGAUCUGGCUGUCGACUUGCCUCCAGGACGAGUUCGCCGAGCUGUUCAGGGGCAUGAGUUUUGAUGAUCUCGACGAGUGCGCCCGCAGCUUCGCGUUCGAGAAUUGCGUCCAGCGCGAAGGCCUGAACAAAGCACUUGAGGAUCACAGUGCCGUACCGGAGGUCGCGGCUGAUUGGAAGCGUCCAGCGUACAAAGAGUCUGACGCUCAAGAGGCCAUUGGUGUAUAA